AUGGAUAAAGGUCUGGACGAGAUCAUUUCUGACAAGCGCAGAAAUGCUCCUCGAAACAACCGCCGCGGCGGAGAUGGGCGUCGUGAUCGCCGUGAAGGCCCUCGUGAUGGCGUCAGAAAGUCGUAUCGCGAUGAGCCACGAAGCAUCGAUAGUGAAUGGGUCCAUGAUCGAUUCGAAGACGAUGAUCGCCGCCGCGCACCCGCACCUAGACGCCGUCGCGAAGAUCGCGAAGAACCUCAGGCCGAGACCCGAGGAACCAAAAUCAAGGUCGACAACCUCCAUUACGACCUCACCGAAGAGGACCUUGGCGAACUCUUCCGCCGUAUUGGAAAUGUCAUUCGGCUGCAGCUCAGGUUUGACCGUGCUGGCCGCUCAGAGGGCGUUGCCUUUGUCACGUACGAGCACAAGGACGACGCCGAAGAGGCCGUCAAGCAGUUUGACGGCGCCAAUGCCAACGGUCAACCUAUUCGCCUAGCGCUUGUUCCGAGUCGCAACCCUUUCGACACGGCUGUCAUGCCCGGCCGUCCUCUCUCCGAGCGCGUCUCCGCUCCCGGCGGGCGUUACACCGAAGACGAUGCAAAGCGCAGAGGCGUCGAUAGAUAUAUUCCCGAUGGUCGCGAGGGUGGUCGGGAAGGCGGCCGGGAUCGUUCCAAAAGCCCCCGUGGUCCUCGCCGUCGCGGUGGCCGUCGUCCUGGCGCACGUCGCGAGGGUGGCGACAGCGGUCGCGAAGGCAGAGACGGUGGCCGCGGCGGUCGCGGAAACCCGCGCUCGAAGAAGACUCAAGACGAGCUGGAUGCUGAGAUGGACGACUACUUUACCAAAAAUGACGGUGCGGGGGCCAAUGGUGCCGCUGCCACGACAGAGGGUACUGCUCCUGCUCCCGGCCCAAGCGACAUGGAUAUGAUUGAGUGA